AUGCUAGCGAUUGGCGGCUCAACAUUCUACCUCCAAUCAAAAAUUGCAUACAACCUCGAAGAGCAAGAAGCACGGUUGGACGAAAUCGAAGGAACGCUGAGAGGUCACAUUGGCUUGAUCGAAGACGCGCUGGACAGAAUUGAGGGGAAGAAGAACAGUAACAAGAUGGAAGAAUUGUAUGGGAAGAGAGGCAGGGACGAGAAGGAGAAGAAGUGA